AAAUCAAGAUUUUUAUCAACUGGUCUAAAUAAUAAUUAUAUACUUUUAGUAUUGGUUGAAUUUAUAUAAAUAAACGAGUAUUUGGACAAAGAACACUGACAAACCGUUGGUAAAAUUUAUUUACCCCACCACGAACCUCUCAAAUGUCCGUUAUACAGUUAGCAUCCUGUUAAUCAGAGGGGGUCUGAAAAGUGCAUUUUGUAAACAAACAUGUCGGAAAUACCCCCGUUAUCGAGCGAAACUGCAAUACAAAUUUUGAACAGGACACUCGAAGAACUAAAUAGUCCGACGAAUACAAAAAAAUUGGAGGAGGCGCGCGACGAUGUUGGCAACGAGAUGCUGAAGAUGUUGCAGUAUGUAUUUCCUCUUGUGUUGCAAGUACAAUCGGAAAUCAUCAAAGACUUCGGGUAUCCUGAAGGACGAGAGGGCAUGAUUAAGUUUGCAUUGGCGAUCAGGGAAUUGGAGAGAGAGGAUGUUGAGGUGGCGCGAUUGCACAGUCUUGUCAAGGCGUAUUAUUUACCACCAGUUUCUGUUAAUGCCAUGAAUGAGGAAGAGAGAACUAGUAGCAAUUAAGGAUUUUUUAUACAAUAAAUUUAUUACUAAUCAA